AUGAGCGGCUGCGGUGAGGCGAAGAGGCGCCUGAGUGAGCCAAACAGACAAGCAGACAGCGGCGAGACAACCGCUGUGACUCAUGUGAGUGUGUUUGCUUGUGUGUGUGUGUGUGUGCAGUGAUUUGGAUGGCGUCGAGUAUCGUGUGGUGCAGUCGAUUCCCAUGGAGGAGCUGCAGCAGCGGGGACUCAUCACCUUCUCGGACCUCUGGAUCAUCGCCAAACUGACGAGAAAGGCCAACGUCACGCACCCAACAAACGUACAUCGACUGACCGACUGACUCAUGAUUGGCUGCUUGCUUGCCUCACCACUGGUUGUGUGCUGUGCGCUCUGUGGUGUGUGUGUGGUGCAGACGUACUAGUGUGAUUUACGAGGCGCCAUCUCUGCUGCGGCUGCCCAACAAACGCCUCACUGACACGGCCGCCAGCCUUGGUCGGUCAGCAGCCGAGACCGAUGCUCACUCUCUGUGUGAGUGUUGAUCUGUCGUGUGUGUGGUUCAGAUGAGUGGUUUGAGACGGUGAGGGGGCUGUGGCGCUUCUCGCUCGCUCACGGCUACGAGUGGCGCACCGACGGCACCACACGGACCGCUGCCAAGGGAGGCGCCCAUGAGGCGUCCAAACAGAGGAGGAGCUGUCCUGCCGGUGUGGACAUAUCGCUCCGGACCUUGCAGCGGCGCCGCUUCACCUUCCUCUCAGACGCACUCCACAGCCGGGCCGCACGAUUCGCCAAGGACAAACAAAAGUGAGCUAUAUUAUCGGCAUGAGGUGCCAUCCAUCCAUCCAUGUAUGUGACAUCCCAUGUGUGUCUGCGUGUAGGUUUGUGGACGAGCAUCGUGAGCUCUGCUCUCAGCCGCCGCAGAAUGAGUUCUAUGGGCUGCAGGCUGCCAUGCCCGCCCCAGCUACAGCCCAAGAGACAGAGAGCGGCGCCCCAUAG